AAUAGGCAGAAUAGUAUGUAUGGAUUAUUUGCUGUACAUAUUUUGUGAUAUUGAGAAAAUAAUUGAUAUUGAGAUAAUAAUUGUUAAUUUAAUUUCAGAACAGCACGAAGAGUGUCUUCUUUCAUUGUUUCAAAACAAGGAUUAUAAUGAAUAUAACGUUCAAGUUAUUCUUGCUGCUCAUUUGUUUGGACCAUUGGCUGGUGGUUACAAGAUUGGAAACAAAGGUUUCCCAAAAGAUGCAAGAAGAUGUCCAAACUGUGGCAAAGAUAUUAGUGGAAAACUUAAAAAUAUAUCACUUGGUCAUGGAGAUGUGUGGCAUGGACAUGCAGAUAUACUUGUGAAAGGAAGUGUAGUCAAGGUAGUAUCUGAAGAGGAUGAUUCCGAUGAAGAGGAUGGAAGUUCUGAACAAUUGCAAAAGAAAAUGAGAACUGAAAGUAUUGAAGAUGAUGAAAGUUCAGAGUCAGGUGAAGAUUAUGACAGCAGUGUUGAAAAAGGAGAGAAAAUGAAUGCAAUAAGUGAUCAUGCAUUGUCACAGACAUUGGCGCAAACAAUAGUUAAUGCAUUUGCAGAAGUGAGCAAUAAUCAAAAGUUGUUCAGUUCCUUUAUACCGUCUUUUAUUGCAACUUCUAAAGUUAUAAGAAUAACUAUGUACAACUGUAAAUUGGAUAGUCUGAUAAUGACAGAUUAUUUGGAUAUCUUCAAAGUGAUCGGGCCCAAACGCGUCUUAAAUUUAUCAACUAUCAUUAGUAUCUGGUUUGCCUUGAAUUUUGAAAAUUAUUUUGAUAAAACUAAUGACCUCUAUCCUAAAUUUGAAGAGGGACACAUAAAGUCAAAUUUUAAAGAACAUGCUUGUGAAAUGUUUGAGAUAUAUAAAGAAAAGUGUACCAAACCUAUGUCACAGGCAGAAAUGAAUGAAAUUGUUGAAAAAUUUAGAUUGAAAAAACAAGGUAUUUCAUUUUUCUUUGAUGUAUUAGAUAAAGCAUUUUCACAGAUUUGAAAUAUGGUAGACGGCUUAACUAAUAUUAUCAGACCUUUUUUUUUAGCUUGACUAUUCAAAGAACAAGGAGAGCUGUAUUGUACUAACCCAGGCCUCGGCUUCUGUUAAGAUUUUGCAUGCAAGUUGGUAUCUCAAAAAUUACUGAAGGGAAUCGAUGGAAACUUCACACAUUUAUUUGAGAGCAUAUUAGGUCAGUGUUUAAGACCAAUAGCUCUUAUGUGGAUUUUGACAAAAUUAUGUCCCUUUUUAAACAUAAACUAUAGUCGCACGCAUCUUAACUAUGAUGAUUUUUACUAUAGCUUGCCAUAAUAAUAAAAAUAUAUGUAUGGAUUGUACUCAUAUUUUAACAAAACUCUUAAGUCAGUUAUUACCUUGAUUUUGAUGGUCAAAAUAUUGUAUUUUCACUCGAUUCCACCUCAACCCCCAUUAUGAUUGACUAUUACUUUGUAAUACAUGAAAUGAUUGUCUUUAUACUUGGACAAAAAAUCUAUCUUAAAUUUUGUAAAUUAGUUAAGUUCAUGCAAUGUUGCUGUAUAAAGCUACAUGUAGAUGUACACUACAUACAUAUAUAUAGUAAGAUAUGUGAAGAUUAUAAAGUUUUGGCAUAAUUGUGGCUGCACAUACUCUUAAAGAAUUUUUUUAAGUGAAAGUAAACUGACUUUUUAGCUUCUACAUUUGUUCGUUAACACUCUAGCGGUCACUAGGUCACACCACCCAAAUAUGGAAAAACCAUGGUAACAGUAGUUGACACAUUUUUUACUCAAUUGUCAUCAAACUUGGUCAGGAUGCUUGUCUAGGUAAUUGCUUGGAUGAGUUCGAACACGGGUCAUCAAAUGAUUCAAAUAUCCUGGAAAUUGGUCUGAAAGUUUGUUUUUGAUGAUUUCUAGGUCAAGUUUGAAUAUGGGUCAACUAGGGUCAAAAAAAGUUACACAACCCAAAUAUGGAAAAACCUUGUUAACAAUCUAGUGGUCACAUUUUUGACUCAGUCAUAGUCAAACUUAGUCAGGAUGAUUUUCUAAGUAAUUGCUCGGAUGAGUCUGAAUAUGGGUCAUACUGGAUGAAAAACUAGGUCACAGGAGCUAAAAAUAGAAAAAAUUUGUUAACACUCUAGUGGCUACUGUUUUGAUCCAUAUAUCCUGGAAAUUGGUCUGAAAUUUUGUGUUGAUGAUUUUUAAGCCAGGUUCAAAUAUGGGUCACCUGGGGUCAAACACUAGGUCACACCGCCCAAAUAUGGAAAAACCUUGUCAGCACUCUAGUGGUCACAUUUUUGACUCAAUUGUCAUCAGACUUGGUCAGGAUGCUUGUCUAGGUAAAACUGAGUAAUUGCAGUGUCAAGGUCAAAAUAAAAUUAAACUCAAGGUCAAUUUAGUAUUCUUUUUAAUGUUUUAAUGUCUUCUCCAAAAGAUGGUUGUGCGAAGUAUGAAUACAAUCAAUUCAUAUGAAUACAAUCAAUUCUUUACUUUAAAAGUAAUAGUCAAUAUGGCAAAAAAGUAAACCCUGUGAAAUACAAUAAUUUGACCUUCAAGGUCAAUGCCAUUGAUGAGUUAUUAAUUUAAUUGAAUGUACCUAAAGGCAUUGACCUUAAGGUAGAUGAAUGACUUUUUGCUGAAUUAUGGAGUCACAGCUUUGGGCUUUGGACCACAUGUACAGUUUUAGAUGUUAAAAUGAUGAACUUUGAUAUCAGCUGACCUAGAUUUUGACCAAGUGGCCUACUUUCUUAGCUAUGAACUUUGAAUCAUGUGCAAAGUUUUAAAUGUAAAAUUGAACUUUGAUAUCAGCUGACCUUAAUUUUGACCUAGUGACAUACUUUGGCUUUUUAGCUCACCUGAGCUAGCUCAGGGUGAGCUUUAAGGAUCGUUAAAUGUCCGUAGUCUCUCGUCCGUCCACAUUUAUUCAUUAACAUUCU